AAGGCGAAGAACGCGAAGGAGCGAGAGAUCGACGCGACGACGCGAAAGUGGGGACUCGAGGCGGGGCUGUGGAAGGUGUUCAAGAACGGCGGCGGCGCGGCGGGAGGGACGGAGACGGGCGAGGGCGCGAGCGAGGGCGCGGAAGAGCUCGGGACGUCGCGCAUGGACAUGGCGAAGAAAUUGCUCAAGCGGUACGGGUCGGCGUAUCUGGCGACGUCGAUUUCGCUGAGCUUGAUUUCGAUCACGGUGUUUUAUUUUCUCGUCGCGGGCGGGGUGGACGUGGCGAGCCUGUUGGAUAAGAUUGGGAUCAGCGUGAACGCGACGAGCGAACAGUUCGGGACGUUCGCGCUGGCGUACGCGGCGCAUAAGGCGAGUUCGCCGAUUAGGUUCGGGCCGACGGUGGCGCUGACGCCGAUGGUGGCCAAGUGGUUCGGCAAG